GACAGGGGGGCCCCCGGCCAUGAGGGGAGCCCGGUACCUGCCGCUGCCAGCGACCGCGCCGCUCGGGGAGCGGGGGCUCCGCCUCGCUCACUGCUAUGGACAGUACGAUCACCUUGUGGCAGUUCCUCCUCCAACUCCUCCAGGAGCCUCAGAACAAACAUAUCAUCUGUUGGACCUCCAACGACGGAGAGUUCAAAUUGCUGCAGGCAGAGGAGGUGGCCCGGCUUUGGGGAAUCCGCAAGAACAAGCCCAGCAUGAACUAUGACAAACUCAGCCGUGCUCUCAGAUACUACUAUGUGAAGAAUAUCAUCAAAAAAGUGAAUGGUCAGAAGUUUGUGUACAAGUUUGUUUCUUAUCCGGAGAUUUUGAAUAUUGCUCCACUGAUGGUGGGCAGGAUUGAGGGAGACCCAGUGAUGGCUGGCUUUGCAGAAGUCAGCAGUGCUCCGAAGGACCUGGAAAACGGUGUGAAAGAGAAGCCCCAGACCUGUGCUAAAUCAUCCAGCCGCAAUGACUAUAUCCAUUCAGGCCUGUACUCUUCUUUUACUCUGAACUCCCUGAACUCCUCCGGUGUGAAGCUCUUCAGGUCGGUCAAGAUUGAGAAUCCAGCUGAGAAACUGGUGGAGAAAAAACCUGCUCAGGAUUUGACACCUUCAGUCAUAAAGUUUGUGACCAUGCCCUCCAAAAGGCCUGCAGUUGCACCCCUUGCCUCCACUCUUCCUAUAGAAUCAGAAGAAACUCUCCAGACCUUGGAGACUCUAGUUCCACCAAAAUUAACUCCCACUGAAGCUCCAGCCCCUUUGCCAAACUUCACCACCACCUUCACCCCAACACCACCUGCAUCUUCCAUUUCUCCCACUCUGGAGGUUCCUUCCACACCCCCUUCACCACCCUUGAGUUCUAACCCUGACCUGGACAUUGACACGGACAUAGAGUCGGUGGCUUCUCAGCAGUUGGAGCAGUCUCAGAACCCUCAGCACCUAUCACCAGAGCUCAGAGAGCACGAUUUGUCUGUGCUAGAGAAGGAUCUUGCCAAUCACCUCUCCAGAGCUAAAAAACCCAAAGGGCUGGAGCUAGCUCCCACUCUUGUCAUUACAGGCAGUGAUCCAAGCCCACUGGGGAUACUAAGCCCUUCUCUCCCUACUGCUUCUCUUACUCCAGCAUUUUUUUCACAGACUCCCAUCUUGCUGACCCCAAGCCCCUUGUUCUCGAGUAUUCACUUCUGGAGCACGCUCAGUCCAGUAGCUCCUCUCAGUCCAGCAAGAUUGCAAGGUGCUAACACCCUUUUUCAGUUUCCAUCAGUACUGAGCAGCCAUGGGCCAUUUACUCUGUCUGGACUGGAUGGACCCUCCACCCCUGGGCCGUUUUCCCCAGAUCUGCAGAAGACAUAGCACAUGAACUCCUGGAAAGGACAAAUUGGGGAACAACGGAAAGAGAUGACAUUCAAUGUAAUCCAUUUUUAAAUGAACAAUUUAUAAUUCCACCCAGAUCAUGAAUGGUCAUAAUUUUUGCCAUUCCCAGUUCAAAUGCCUUUUUGCAAAAUUCCCUCUUUUGAAGACUAAAUUGGGAAUGCAUAUGGAAACGCCUUAAUUGGAGUCCAGGCUCCACAAUCUUUUCUUUGCCCCCUUGGUUAAGAAGUCUCUUAAAGGGAGUUUCUGGUGGGACGCGGUGACUGAGUUUGUAUUGAUUGCAGCAAAACAAUAUCUAAGAAGUCUCUCCUCUCUCACUCCGACACCUCCAUUCUUCUGCUUCCUGUGCUGGGCAUGAAGAAAAUGAAUCCUGAUUGAAGCUGGCAUUCCAAGAAAAGGGUUUGAGUGCAGCUUUGUCUUGGGGCUAAUGAUAACUUCUCCUGCAACAACAAAACAGCAAAUGUCUCAUGCUAUAAAAACAUGUAAACUUUUUGCAGGGAGACAUUUUUAAAGAGUACUUAUGGUGGUAUAGGUGAAAAGCAGACCAUGGUUUGGAUAAUGUUGCACACAGGUAACCCAGCAGUAAAGUUUCACUCUUUGAGAGGGGACUGGUUAGCUCCCAGAGGCAACUUGUAAUAUUGUGAGCAGGCAGGGCUCUGAGACAAAUGGAUCAUGGCAUGAAUUAUUUGAGGUUCUUGAACUGUUUGAAUUCUUUGGUAUUUCUUGGUGGUUAUAUAUACACACAUCUCUGAUGCCUGAUAUCUGUGUAAGGCCUGUAAAUUGGCUGCUAGAAGAUUAACAAAUCAUGCUAACCUAGGACUCUCCCCACCUCCGUCCCUGGUAUUGGAUAUUCAGUGUGAGAUUGAGGGUUGGCUGUGUAUUUGGCAAAUGACACUCUGGGGCUGGUUGCUGCUUGAUGUUCUGGUCUGCAGCUCAAGGGGAAAGAACACUCAAAUUCUCUGCUUUUCCCAGAAAUGAGGAACCAGAAGUGGAGAACCCCCUCUGCCCAGCUCUUGUUGUCUCAAGUUCUACUUUAACCACAUUGCUUUUUAAGUGGAGGAAGUGUUGGAAUUCAUGAAAAGUUGGGUUUGAUGUGUGCAGCUAAAAUAGGAAGAGAAUUGUGCAGUAUCAACAGUAAGGUAAAAUCAUUCAUGUUCCAGGUAAACAUGCCUAAUUUUUGGUGGUGGGUAGAUGGGAGUGUGUAUUGGGGGGUUAAUAUGAGUGUUCUUGAAAGCCAUUUCAAACUGAUGAGUUAAGACCAGCAGCUUGGACAAUAACCUCAAGCAGUCUUUUGUGGGAGAGCUGAGAUCUGACAGAAGCGCCUAAGACUGGGGGAUGUCUCAGGUGUUUGCAGUUGGACUUCUGCCAUCCACUGUCUGUCAGGCAACAACUUCCUCUUGCUACCAAUGUAUAUGCAAUGAGGAUGCACUUGGAUAACCUGUCCGCUAGAAAGUGGACUGAGACUGCACUUCUCUCGGUCACCCUUAUUUAGGAUGACGAGAUGUUCCGA